CGCUGCUCCUGACAGAUCACACAGCAGAGGGUGCAUUUGAUUUAUGCCUCAGAGCAGGAUGAAUUCAGUAAAGAGAGCGCUGCUGCUGCUGCUGCUGGUGGCCGCCAUCGGCACCAAUGCGGCCCCAGGCCCCGAGGACUGUCACAGUCUGAAGAAGCUGCCCUCAUUGGACCUGCACAAGGUCUGCGGGGACUGGGUCCUGGUCUGGUCUGUAGCUGACCAUCAGGAGGCCUGGGACCUGCUGCCGAACAUCUCCAGCUCCCACGUGGAGUUCAGACUGCACCAGGACAACACCACGGUCCUGUUCAAAGAGAGGAACUUGUACAUGGACAAGUCCUGUAGUCACUACUUCAUUAACUUCACGGUUGCUGACGGUGGAAACCACACGAUGAACAUCAUCGCCGCAACGGUGGAGAAGGACAGCGUCAUCAGUGACUUGAACGAAUCGAUACAGACAGACUUCUAUGAGAGCUGCCCCGAGUGUCUGAUGAUGGUCUACCAUUCACCAGCGGGCCGAUACAUGCUGAACUACAGGAAGGAGGGCCAUCAUCAGGAUGUGGAGAAGAUGAACUCCCACCACGGUGACCUCAGGAAGCUGGCCGAGUGUCUGGGAUUCCCUCACGACAAACCCUUCAGCUACGAUGGAGCUGCAGAUUUUUGUCACAAGAAACCCUCUCCAGAGGUGGACGUCGCUGCGACUGAAGCCCCGGCUCCUUCCUGAGUGAAGACGUGGGACAAAACCCAACAUGUCAGAUGUGUUGUCAACCAAUAAAAUAACAACUCAAA